AUUUAGAUGAUGCGCAUGUGUGUUGCCGGUCCGCUUGUGCAACUGUAAACAGAAAAUUUUAAGACGAUGGAUAAUAUGCAAACAGUCCCUUCGGAUUUCAUUGAUGGAGUUGACAGCGAAGAAAAUGAUGACAAUGAAGAAGUGUGGGGGAGAAUGUUUCCACUUGGAUCAAGUUUUAUUGCAGUCGAUUUAACAAAAGAGGAAUACUGCUUUGGACGUGGAGAGAACUGUGAUAUUCCUUUUAACACGGCAAAUGCUAAGAAACACCAGUGUUUCCAGGCCUAUAGUAAAGUACAUUUUAAACUGAUUCGGAAAAAAACAAGUACUGGUGUUCAUGUAUUCUUGGAAGAUUCAAGCAGUAAUGGUACUUUUGUGAAUGGGGAAAAAGUUGGUAAAGGAAACAAGCAGGUUUUAUCCAAUAAUGAUGAAAUAGCUCUGGCAUUGAAAAAUAAUAAAGCAUUCAUGUAUCUAGAUCUGAGUAUAGAUGAAGAAGCUGGACUUCCCGAUCAAAUUAAAGAAAAAUAUACAUUAACAAAAACAUUAGGCAGGGGUGCAUGUGGAGAGGUCAAGUUAGCAUUUAAAAAGGGAACAUGUGAAAAGUUUGCGGUAAAAAUUAUAUCAAAGAAAAAGUUUUCCAUUGGUGGCAAACAUCAAGUUAAUCUAAGUAAUCAAGUUAUGACGGAAGUAAAAAUACUGAAAGCAUUACGACAUCCAUGUAUAAUUGGUAUAGAAGACGUUAUUGACCUACCAGAUGUUUUAUAUAUAGUUUUAGAAUUAGUAGAAGGCGGUGAAUUAUUUGAUAAAGUUGUUAGUAUAGGGCAGUAUGAUGAACCAACGGCUAAAUUAUUAUUUUAUCAGAUUAUUCAUGCUGUAAAGUAUUUACAUGAUCAAGGAAUUACCCAUAGAGAUUUAAAGCCAGAGAACAUAUUACUUGCCACAGAUGCCAAUGAAACAUUGAUCAAGGUUACAGAUUUUGGUUUAUCAAAGUUUGUUGAUGCAGGGUCUAUCAUGAAGACAUUUUGUGGAACACCGACAUAUCUAGCACCAGAAAUUCUUAUCACAGCUGGAAGUGGGCAGUACACAAAGGCUAUAGACUGUUGGAGCUUAGGAGUUAUAUUAUUUAUAUGUAUAUCAGGGUACCCUCCAUUUUCUGAUGAAAGAAAGGACAUGGAUCUACCCAAACAGAUUCUCGGUGGACAUUUUACAUUCCCUAAACAGUACUGGAGCAAUAUAUCAGAAGAUGCAAUUGAUCUUAUUAAGAAACUUAUGACUGUAGAUGUGAAGAAAAGAAUUGUCUUAAGUGAUGCAAUAAAUCACCCAUGGUUCAAGGAUGAAGACAUGUUGAGUAAAGCCAGAGAUUUAAUGUAUCCUGAUUCUGAUGGAAUGAUCCCUCCUAUAGGCACUCCUGGUCAGAAAAAGCGUGGUCUAGAGGAAGCAGAGGAACCUUGCCCAAAAAGAACAAUAUCCACAGAGACAAUCACACCUCCAGAAACACCCACUCCAUGAACAACCAAUGAAAUCUCCAAAUAGUGCUGACUGACAUCAUUCACUAUAAAGCCAAGAUACAGUUGUGUAAAUUAUGUCCACUCAUUUGAGAUCGGUUUGAUAUUAUGAUGGAACAAAAUACUGAACAAAAGGUUGUCAGUAGACUGUACUUAUAAAUAUUCGUUUUUUUUUAAAGAUACUUCAGGGGAGACAACUACCCAUGAAUUGAACUUAAAUGAUUUAAUGGGAAACUCUUAAUUGCAUUUUAAGUGGGGCUGCAUAUUUUAAUUUGUUUGCUUUCAGAUCUUUUCUUUUUUAAUUGAGAUUUAUUCUGUUCAAGUUAUCUGAGAAUUGUUCAGUAACUCACUCAAAAUGAAACAGUAAAAUAAACUUUCUGCCUUUUAAAUGGGAGAUCUUUGAAUUUUCUUCAGCACAUUUUGGGGAGGGUGAAAUUGUAUUAUAUUUCUCAGGAUGUACAUGUACUUAUAUUUUACUUGCACUGUUACAACAGUUGAUUUUAUCUUUUCAUUUUUGAAGAUUGGAUGUUUAUUCACUACAUAGCUAUUUUUUAAUAGUUCAAAAAUAUUUUUUUUGACUGCUAUCUAUACAGAAUUUUAUUUUUAUUUUCUGUAUCCUCAUAUUUGGUAUAAAUCUAUAUUACAUGUACUUGUUAAUGAUUUCAAAGUUUAGAUAUAAAAUAGUAAAAUUAUUGUUUGAAUGUUAAUGAGUUAACAUUUGAAAAGGGAUUUUUUUACUACAGCGUUAACCUGUAUAUUGCCAUGUUUUGUUUUUUUGUCAAAGGCAGCUUAUUUUGUUUAAAGUAGAGUUGUCUAGUUAUAAUAGUAAAUCCAUGUAGUAGAUAUAGAUUACUUUUUAUAAAAGUUUGUGAUAAUUGUUACCCUUUGAUUGUCUUUUUGAACAAAUUUAGUCCCUCUUGUGGACAUUGUAUUACUUGCAAAUAUUUUUCAUACUCCUUCCUAAUGAAUUAAGUUUUCUUUAUUUUUUUUUCUUAAAAUUGUCAGAUAGUCUUGGGGAAAGUAUUCUCUAAAAUUCUUAAUUUAUUGAGAAAUAUGCUAUUCUAAUAAGACAAAUAUCACAGAUUUUGUUGAUGAAAUAAACCUGAAAAGUGUUAUGUUAGAAAAAUCUAUAACACAAAAUGGGAGAUAACUCUGAUCAAAUAUAAUAAUUGUUAUAAUAAGAUGAAAUGUUUAUAAUUUUCAAAAAAUAUUUUUUCCUUAAACCUUGAAAGCUACAUAUAGUGUUCAAAUUUUUGUGUGUAAGCAUUUUUUUAAAGAUUUUUAUAGAUUGAAGUGUGACCUCAGAAUUUUGUAUUGAUAUAUUCAGAUUUAUGGCAUUUAUGUACAGAUUUUGUAAAUAUUUUUAUGCUGCACUCAUUAUUAUGACUAGGGGAGUUUUUAACGACCUAGACUAUUUAUGAAGGUCUGGCACGCUAGAAAAUACUAAAGGUAUGCGAGAUGAUAAUGAAUCUAAUUUUAUGAAUGUGUUAUGAAUGAACUUCAUUACUGUUCAUUUUUUUAAGCUAAAUGUUUGUUUUUGUUCCUGGAAAAGUGAGAGAAUUUUUUUUAUCUGCAUAGAGCAUUACAUGGUAUCAACCAAUUAAAUGUACCUAAAUCUUUUACUAAGAAUAUCUGAAUAGUCCCAAGAUAAAAAGUUAUUUAGAUUACACCAAUAAAGAUAUGGUGAGUGUGGAAUGGGCAUUUCUGUAAUAAAACUGAGACAAGUCGGUAAAAGUUCAAACUUUAGAGGAAUAAAAAUACAAUGCUGGAAAAAUACAUCAUAUUAGGAAAUUAAAAGACAUUCUCCACAAGUUUAUACAAAUAUUCUAAUGAAGAUUUAUUUGAGGAAAAAUGAAGUUAAAUUUGAAUAUUUAAAUUGAAUUUUUAAAUUUCAAUAAAGUUGAAUGUCUUAAAAUAAUGAUGGAUACAAAAAAAUCGUUAUUUUUAAAAAAAAAAUUAUAAAACACUGGAUGUUUCUUGUUUUUGUACAUAUAUAUCAAAUUUGAAAUUCUUUUUGCAAACUAUUUGUAUAUAAAUUUUUAGUCUUUAAAUGAAAGUAAUUUUUGAAAGAAAGAAUUUAUGAAAUAUGCAAAAUGUGAUUAUGUGAAAGACCUCCACAGAGACUUGUACAAUCACUGCCUUCUUUUUUUUUUAGUCAAAGAGGAGAUUCUUUUACAUUACUUGCAUGUUUAUCUGUUUAACUUAGUACAAAAAAAUAUAUUUUUUGCAACAAGAUUUGUAUAUUUAUAAAUUCUAUGGGAAGUCUCCUAACAGUCAGUUGUUGUCAAAAUACAGUUUUCAGGUUAGCAUAGUAAAUACAGCCAUUUACAAUUAAUUUAAUUUUGAAUGGAACACAACUUAUGAUUGGCUAAAAUUUAUUGUCUGAUAGACAUAAUUUUGUCAUGUUACUGUGAUAUCAAAAGUUUUUUCAUGAUUUUCUCUUUUCCUUUUAAAAAAAAUUGUUUGACAUUUUUCAACAGGAGAACAAGACUUUUAUUGCUUAUAUUUGAUGGCAAUCAAUGUUAAAAUCCAUUAAGAAAAAAAAUUGAUUAGAAAUCUCCAAAUAUUUCUCAAACUGAAUUGAAUUAAAAUUUGAGAUGAAAUUUUUGUAGAAUGAGGAGGGGGGGGAUGGAUAUACAACUAAUAGUUUCAUAAUUUUGUAUACAUUAGGUAAAUGUGCAAAGAUAUAUAGAAGUUUGGUAUUAUUCACUUUAUUGUUUAAGUGGUUGUGUAGUAAAUUGUUCUAUGAAAUAUUAGUACAAAGUAAAGAAUGAAAGUAAAA